GCAGGGGCAGCCGCAACCUUUGAAGCAGGGCACUUUAUUUGCCCUGGAUGGACCCGCAAGACAAACACUGAGCCUGCCUUCAUGAUUGGAAAGCAGACAGCGGUAGUUUUUUCUUUCCAAGAUGCGCAGAUAGUGCGUGUCCGAAGCCAAUGUUACUGAGAAGAGUUGGCUCGCUUUCACCUGGCAAGAUCCCUCGAAAUGACGCCUCCCUAUCCAAACCGGUCUUGUCCAUACUUAGAGACGCCUGGGAGUCUCAUGGCGCCCAUUCCGACCCCCAGGGCCCUCGGGCACCGCCCACCCCGCUCGAGAAACGGCUCGAUAUGUCGCCCAACUACGCCCUGACGCUCUGGCUAAGGGAAAUGUCCAAGUCGAACGAGUUCGACACCCUCACCAUACUCGAAAACACCGCAGGCAACCGCAGCUACCGCCUGCCGCUGGUGACGCUGCAGCGGGCCAUGAAACAGGCCGAGGCUCAAGGCCAGACCCGGCUGUCCGACCGCCUGCCCAGCGACGACGCGUGGCGGGCCAAGCUGAAGCAUCUCGCGUUCAAGGGCGUCACGGCAGAUGACAUCGACCAUUGGAUUUGGGUCUUGUCCGCUGAUGACGCGGACGAGAGGGUUGGGCGGCUGGUGUCCUCGGAUCGGUACAAGCCCAUCUUUGUGCUCUUCAACAUCCUCCGCAAGGAGGAGGUCUUCACCAAGCCUCGGUCCAUCAUGCGCCUCUUAGAGUACUCAGCCAAGGCCUUCUGUAACAACUCCCUCUCGAUGGGCAGUCGCCUGCCGGCCAAGCCCACCUCGUUAUCAUGCCAAGCCCCGGUUCGACCCUUGCGCACCCUGGACCACCGCCUCAACAUGGGCCCAGAGCAGUUCGAGAUGCUGCUGAAGCUUCUAACACACCAUGUAAUGCUCGUCUGGCCAACCGCCAUUGUCUCCAUUGCCGACUUGGCCGCCAGCUAUAUACGUGAUCUCAGUUGGGCUCCGCUGGACCCGGUGCGACAUAUCUCCCGAACGCGGUCCGAGAAGAUAUUCGCCGCGCGCUGCAGGCUAUUCAACCAGUGUCUACAGCUGUUCGAGACGGAAUCCCCCCAGCAUCCAGUCGCUCAGAUGCGUUACAACUGGCGGGCACAAAAAGUGAUGCUCGUCCUGUCGAGUGAAUUCGCCCGCCCACUCAAGAUAGACAGGUUCGGAUUCAGGGCUAUCCGGAGAGUUCUGAUCGCACUUGCAAAGUCUGGGGACGAGAAAAUGGUCGCUGCCCGUCUGUCAAAGACGUGGCCGCCCUACAGGCAGAACUGGGACGGCCAGGAUGAGAGGCGGCAGCUGGAGGACGACCUUAGCCGGAGUGUCAAGGCCGGAAUUAUGAUGCGCGAGGCUGGAUAUGCUGAUGACCCGGUCGACCGUCCUCUGGAUGUCCUUGGAGGAGCCGCUCUCGGCGAAUCGCCGUACGUCCAGACGCGGUCUCUCAAGCCCAGGGUCUGGCAGGGAAAGUACGCAAACCUGAACAUAUACUCGCACUGGGCCGCCCAGAUCAAGGCGACUCGGAACGCAUACGAGGCCUGGGGCUGCUUUCAGCGUCCACCACAGGAUGGCCUUCCACCAAACUGCCAGGUGUACGCCGAGAUGUUCGCCAGGCUGUUUGCCGAUGAGGUACCCCUAACUACAAGGACGCUCCCGGGGGAUGCCAAGGAGAACCUCCCUUUCCACGACGAUAAUCUCAGCCCCUUCGAGAGAGCCAGGAUCCAACCUCCCACCCCUGAACAGCUCUACGAACAGAUGCGCAGUCAGAAUUUGCGGCCGGUUGGCCCUUGUCUCGAUGUGCUUGUUGCCCACUCGAAGACUCCCCAGGAGAUGGCGACAUAUAUGCUCGACGGCAUGAUGGAAAAAGAGGCUGUACACGUGUUUUUGCGUCUGAUCGGCAGAGACUCGUCUACUUUUGCCUACGCGGAGGCCGAAAACAUUCUGGGUAGGAUCCCACGUGGUAUCUUCAACGCCUGCGUCUUCGCGCUCUGUCACAUGCCGUCCGACUUUAGAACGGAUCAGCCUCUACGCACCCCGAAACAAAUACACCUUGUACAAAGCGCUGCGAAAGCAGCACGCGUUAGGCUGAGAACGACGCCCUCCUACUAUCUCGCGCCGUGGCACACUAUCAUCGGGGCCUUGUCCCGGUCGGAGCAUGUGAACCGGCACAACGGUAUAAUUCGGCUAAAGGUGUUGACCCUUUUCUUGGAUGUAUACCGAGAGCUCUUACGACGGCGCCAAGGCGUGGAUGUCAUCAUGUUUGACAAGCUGGGUCUCAUCCUGCGCCGUGUGUUGGAAGCCGUCGAGAUCGAGGAGGUUGAUCCGAUGUCUGACGAGGGCAAGGCAAUACAUGCAGCGCACGUGCUCCUCAAACACGCCUUUAAUCUCAUAACGGAGCCUACAGCGCUAGAGAAAGACCAAAGAUCGCCCAACGAGAAGAGCGAGGCUAGCGGAAAGAGCGAGGCCAACGAGAAGAGCGAGGCACAAGCUUGGGAGCUGGAUCUACCCCCGCUCUUCUACCGGGUCAACAUCACCCAUCUGCAACACUACAUCCGGGCCAUGGGGCUGCUCGGGGACGUGGACGAAAUGGUGCGGGUGGUGGAGUGGAUGGUGAAGAACUGGGCAACCUCGACCUUUGAGGACGCGCGGGAUCCAAGGCAUGUGCACUCGGGCAGGGUGGCCGAGGCCUUUGUCAUGUUCCGGGCCUUUGCCGAGGCGCAGCUGUCGCCGCGGCGCAUGGCGGAGCUCGAGGACCGGAUGCUGCGGCUAAUCGAGGAGAGCGGGUACGGCGGCCCGGACGGCCUGGUGUGGCCGUCGCGGCUAGAGGCCGAGGCGUUUGUCGAACGGGCUGCCGAUCAGGAGAGAGCGUCGGGUGAUGACAAUGACGCCGCCGCGGUUAAUAGUGACCACGAGGACUCGGUGAGGUUUUGGAAGAGGGCCAGUACAUAUCUAAAGAACUCCCGCCCGUCCUCGUCGGCAAAUCGCCAGAGGUAAGGCGGUCCAUAUCACAUUAAGCGCUCCUCGGUUACCCGUCAAAUAAACAUUUGUGUAAUAUAUGUAUUAUAUAUGUAUUAGGUUUUAUUCGCAUGCUUUGGAGGUCGCCUACUGUUAGAAGUGUGGACAAAAUUGCAUUCAUUUCAAGCACACCCCUCUUUCUAUUCAACUCU